UUAACAAAAAUCCCUCACUUUUUUUUUUAAUUUCUGUGGCUAACUCUUUCCACUACCCUUCUGCUUGAAGCAGCAUUCAUUAUCACUGUUCACGGAACUUCAAAUCUACCCUUUCUUUCUUUCUCUCUCCUCUCCAAAGAUCUAACCCACCUGCGAAAACCCCAUUUUAACUUCCUAUUUUUCUUAAAAAAUUAAGAAAAUCUUCAAUUUUUCUGUUACCCAGAAAUCGAAAAGAUUUAAUCUUUAAUACCCAUUUCUUUGUUUUUUUUAUCCUCAAUCAACUUCCUGUUGUUCUUCCGUUGUUUUAGAAAUUAAAAAGAUUAAAUCUUAUUUACCCUUUUCUGCUUGAUUCGUAAAAAGAAAAAAAGGAUCUUUUUAUUGAGUAAUUUGAUUUUGAAUCGUUAAAGUUCUUCAUUUCUUGCUAAUAUUAGCCAUAUCGAUUUCUGUGUUGGGUAUAUUUAGCUGUAGAUCAAUCCUUUGAUCCUUUGCCUUUUUUUAAGAAGCUAUUUGGAUCUAAGAAAUUAGGGUUCUUUUCUUCUUGCUUUUUAGUUUGAAGAACUUCAAAUGGGUUUGUUUUAGCUUACAGAUUUGAUUUUUGAGUUGGGUUUUGUGAGAAAUUUGAGGGUUUAUAUUGGUUCAAUCUAUUUGUUUUUUAAGUUGAUAAAAGUUUACAUUAUUUGGGUAAAUUUGGCCUAUUUAAGGGCACUUCUGAUCUAGGGUUUGCCCCCUUUUUGUGAGCUGAUUCAAGCUACCCACCAAUUCGAUCUGUUUAAUUGAUUCAUUUGGAUCAAGGGGCCAUUAAUGCUUUUUGGCCAAAAUGCAACAAGAUCAAAGGAAAAAGACGUCUGUGGAUGUGGACUUCUUUACGGAAUAUGGUGAGGGUAAUCGGUAUAAGAUAGAGGAGGUUAUUGGUAAAGGAAGUUAUGGUGUUGUUUGUUCUGCAUAUGACACUCAUGUAGGAGAGAAAGUCGCGAUUAAGAAGAUAAAUGAUAUAUUUGAACAUGUCUCGGAUGCCACUCGUAUCUUACGUGAGAUUAAACUUCUCCGGCUUUUGCGGCAUCCAGAUAUUGUGGAAAUCAAGCACAUUCUGCUGCCUCCUUCAAGAAGAGAAUUUAAAGACAUAUAUGUUGUAUUUGAGCUGAUGGAAUCUGAUUUACAUCAAGUAAUUAAAGCAAAUGAUGAUUUGACCCCAGAGCAUUAUCAAUUCUUUCUGUAUCAGCUCCUUCGAGGCUUAAAGUAUAUACAUACUGCAAAUGUCUUUCAUCGAGACUUGAAACCAAAAAAUAUCUUAGCAAAUGCUGACUGCAAGCUCAAAAUAUGUGAUUUUGGUCUUGCAAGGGUGGCCUUUAAUGACACACCAACUGCAAUAUUUUGGACAGAUUAUGUAGCAACAAGGUGGUACAGGGCUCCUGAAUUGUGUGGAUCAUUCUUCUCCAAGUACACACCUGCUAUUGAUAUCUGGAGCAUUGGGUGCAUUUUUGCUGAGCUUCUUACUGGGAAACCCCUGUUUCCUGGGAAGAAUGUGGUCCACCAACUGGACCUCAUGACUGAGCUGUUAGGAACUCCUUCUCCUGAUGCUAUUGCCCGGAUACGUAAUGAAAAGGCUAGGCGAUACUUGAGCAGCAUGCGCAAGAAAAAGCCUAUUCCUUUCACCCAUAAAUUUCCAAAUGCUGAUCCUCUUGCCCUUCGUUUGUUGGAACGAAUGCUUGCUUUUGAGCCUAAGGACCGUCCUUCUGCUGAAGAGGCUCUUGCAGAUCCAUAUUUUAAGGGUUUGGCUAAGGUUGAGAGGGAGCCUUCUGCUCAGCCUGUUACAAAGAUGGAGUUUGAAUUUGAGAGACGCAGAAUGACUAAAGAGGAUGUUAGGGAGCUCAUUUACAGAGAGAUUCUUGAAUAUCAUCCAAAGAUGUUAAAGGAGUUUUUGGAUGGUUCAGAGCCAACUAACUUCAUGUAUCCAAGUGCUGUUGAUCACUUCAAAAAGCAGUUUGCUUACCUUGAGGAACACUACAAAAACGGUUCAACUGGUCCUCCAAUUGAUAGGCAACACGCUUCUUUGCCAAGGGCCUGUGUAUUAUAUUCAGACAACUCAGUUCAUGGUUCUACUGAAGUCACUGAAGAUCUCUCCAAAUGUCGGAUUAAGGAAGUUGAAAAGGCACAUGUGGACAGGAACGGUGCAAUUCCAAUGACCAGGCUUCCUUUACAAGUUCCUCAAAAUGUACAGGGAGCUGCUGCAAGGCCAGGGAAGGUUGUCGGAAACCUUAUGCGUUAUAACAAUUGUGGGGUAGCAGCAACAGCAGAGGUGACAGAUCGACGACCAGGGCGAAAUCCAUCGAUACCUGCCUCUCAAUUCCCUACACCUAGUUCCUCGUAUCCAAAAAGAAAUCCUGGGUGCAAAAAUGAAAGAGGAGAAGAUGAUUCUAUGGAAGGGUCUAAUGGGCUACAGCCUAAGCCCCAGUACUUGGCUAGAAAGGUAGCUGCAGCUCAAGCUGGACCUGGUAGUCAGUGGUACUAAAUGUACGUACCUACAAUUUUGGCAAACUAGAUUGCCUAUCCACUCACUGCUGGGACGUUUGUGGUUGAGGACAGGUUAAGGGGUAACGUGGGGACUCGUUUGUUGAAAAAUGCACUUCCCAACUUUCGGAGAUUUGAGUUGAAAGCAAAAUGAAAUUUGAUCAGUUUGUGGAAAGAUUAGGCUGGUUGAUGCCCUAUGAACAACUCAUGCCGGUGACUUGAUGAUCAAAUGGUAUGGCAGAUGGACUGGUUAAUUAUCUACAUUGAGAACCAGAUCACUAUUGAUGCCACACCUUAAAACAGGUUUAAGUGGUAACGAAAUCCAACUGUUAUUAUCUUUUCUAACGUUGAAGUACGUAGUAUUUUAUGACAUUUCUUGUAGGGUUGACGCAAAGCUUAUGGUUCUUUGCACUUCUAAUGUAUUUUUAUCUCCAAAAAUGUAAUAAAUGCCCUCUUGUAUUCAUCCCUCACGAGGAAUUAGUCUGAUGAUUUGUGGAUCUUCUCAACUUUGAUUAACUAGACAUCUUUUGCUAUAAUUAGUGAGGUUUUCAUGUUUAAAUUAUGUUGCAUACCAUGUAAAAUUGUAAAAUGGAAAGAGAAGUGAGUUUUCUCCUGAGAAAAAUGGUGACAUUGGUUUUGA